CUUCAACAUAGGGAAGGUACAAAUGGAUGCAAGUAUAAUGGAUGGUUUAACGUUUAAAUGCGGAUCUGUAGCAGCAGUUUCAGAUAUAGAACAUCCCAUAAUGCUCGCAAAAUAUGUUAUGAACUAUUUUCCGAAUUCUAUUUUUGUCGGCGAUGGUGCCAAACAUUUAGCAAAGCACGCGGACAUGAAUUGGAUAUCAGAAGGAAAUAUGGUAGCACCAAGUGCACGCUUAGCUUUCGAAUCAACAGAAACAGGAAAAUUCGAAUUAGAUAUCACUGAUCAGUUCUUACUAAAUGCUGAUACAUACACGAGUAAAUUAGUCUAUGAUAAUAGAAAUAUAUUUAAAAAUUGGAAUUCUCUGCAUUUACCCAGUUAUAUGUUAUAGAUAAUUUCGGUACUGUCGGUUGUGUUGCAUAUGAUGGAUAUAGUAUUGCUGCUGGGACUACAACAGGUGGUUUAAAUAGAAAGUUAGUUGG